AUGGUUACUUAUGAAUUACAAAUAUCUCUUCUUCAGGUUGGUUUAUUUUAUGAAGAUGGAAAUCCCGUCGAGGCAAAAGGGAUCGGAAGAAAAAUACUCGAUAUGGUUCAUAAAACCUACGAAUCUGAAAUAGGUGGCAAAGGUUUUGCGUACGAUGGUGAAAAGACUCUUUUCACCGUUGGUGCUUUACCUGCAACUAAGCUCGACUUCAAUGUCGUUCUGGAAAAUGCCGCAUCAAAUAGAACUAUCCGAGGUGGAAGCCCAAGUGAAGGAGAAACCAAAAGAUCGAGGCGUGUGCCUCAAUCGAAGCAGUAUAAGGUGACUUUAAGUUUUGCGACAAAGAUCCCAAUUCAAGCUGUUGUUAAUGCGCUUCAAGGUCACGAUUCUGAGCAAUUUCAUGAAGCAGUUAGGGUUUUAGAUGUUCUUCUUCGCCAACACGCGGCGAAACAGUUGUCUUCUGGUUAG